AUGGGGUACCUGACGGCAGGUAAUCGUAACGCGGGAGCAGCGGCCGAGCAUCUGGAGCAAUACGGAUACGUUUUAGUGCCCGGUGUAUUGUCAGAAUCUGAAGUGGCAGCCCUCGCCAGCGAAAUUAAUCACGUCUUUGCAACACAACCGCCAGAUGAGCGCAGUGAUCGGUCGGAGGAAGCCAAUGCCAUGUUCCGCUACGGCAUGUUGAACCACAGCGCACUAUGCCAGGAUAUGGUGGCCCACCGCGGCAUUCUAGAUGUUAUCGAGCCGCUGCUUGGCGAAGACUGCCACGUCAUUGCCAAUACGGCCUGGCGCAACCCGCCAAACAGCAUUGGCAUGCACGGCGGUGAAGCCUGGCACAUUGAUGCUGGCCCACAUGUACCCCUGGCUGAGGGUGUCACCUGGCCCGCAGACAUUCCUCACCCGACAUUUGCUGUCGGGGUGCACAUCUAUCUGCGCGAAUGCACGCUGCAGGAUGGCCCAACCGGCGUAUUAGCGGGCUCUCAUUUAUCCGGACGGUUUCCGCCAUCAGAUCGCCGCCUGGAUGACGACCUGACCUACAAUGAACAAGCUGUGAUCCCACUGCUGGUACACUAUGGAAGGCGCGACAUCGCGCAGCGUAUUUCUACCACAGACGACACAAAUCACUUAUCCUCCGACGCAGCGCCUUCCGGCUCCAAUGCACAAGGCUGGCAGUUCAUGUUUGUGACAGAUGCUGAUAAGCGCGCUCGCAUUGGCGAACUGUAUGCGCAGGCGUUUAAUCUGUAUCGAGAAAUGCCCAUAGCCAUUCAUAAUCUUCAUAAAGAAAGCGCAGAUACCGCGCUGAAAUCCAGCCAGGAUCGAUCUACCUCCUCAGCUGAAUAUCUGGCUGAGAAUAUGGGCAAGGCGCCGGUUCUGCUUAUCCCCUGCAUCGCAGGCCGCACCGAUCAAACCGCGGGCGCUGGCAACCUGGGCAAUGCAUCCACCUAUGGCUCUAUCAUCCCCGCUGCCUGGAGCUUCAUGCUUGCCGCUCGCGCACGUGGUUUAGGCACCGCAUGGACCACCCUGCACCUCAUGCACGAAAAAGAAAUCGCUGAUCUUCUGGGCAUUCCUUUUGACGACUACAUGCAGGUGGCGUUGAUUCCACUGGCCUAUACAAAGGGCACAGAAUUCAAACCCGCAUAUCGGCCGCCACUCGACACCGUCAUGCACAUAGAUCAGUGGUAA